UUUUUAUUGUAUAAUUUUUCUUAGUGUAAUAGAAAUACAACAAGAAAUAAAAUUUCCCUGCCAUAUGGUACAAAAACGCAUGCCGUGGUCGGCCAUUUUUGAUCGGCUAUUUUUAAUUUUUGUUCUUAAAUUGUUAUUCGUAUAGAUUAUAAAUUUUAACAAUCGAUGCUUUUACUUAUGCCUUAUCAACAUUUAUCCUGUUAAAUCUGCAAUUCACGUUUGAUAUUCGUUUCGAUCAAGGUGGAAUCAAGUUUGAUAUCAAGGUUGAAAUCAAGGUUCAAUCAAGGUAGUAUCAACCUUGAUAUUUUUGACAGGGCGAACAGUUAUUUUUACCAGAGAGGACUUAGGGAUUAGAGGCUUUAGGAUGUUUUCUUUUUUUAUUUUGUUUCAUUAAUAAAUAUUUAGAUCAUUUCAAAGAAAGAAACGCUGCGGGAAUCGGGAGUUCUUCCGCAAGCUACCGCUUCCGCCAAACGUAAUCAGGCGAUGGAGUCGCUUCGUGCUUUCGUUCUUGGUACACCAAGUGUGCCAAGGAUCAAGUAAGUCUAGACAUUGACUUCAUUUGACAAACUACCACUACAAAACAUACGCACCUUAUCACAAGUGCACAAAAAAUCAGUCACACAAUCGCACUUGCAACUUUCAUACACCUCAUCACAAACUCACAAAAAAUCAGUCACGAAACCGUACUUACAGCUUUCAAGCACCUCAUCACAAGCACGCAAAAAAUUAGUCACACAAUCUCCAAGCGCUUUAUCACAAUAACACAAAAAAUCAGUCACACAUACACACUCGCACACAAUCUCCAAGCGUUUUAUCAUAAUCACACAAAAAAUAAGUCACACUAACACACACACACAAUCUCCAAGCAUCUCAUCAGAAGCACACACAAAAUCAAUCACAUAAACACACACACACACACAAUCUCCAAGCAACUCAUUACAAACAUACCAAAAAUCUGUCACACACUCACACACUCACAAUAUUCAAACACCUCAUUAGAAACGCUGGUUAUUACAGUCAUUGCAGUUCUGCGAUCAAUUGAUAACAACCAGAAGUGAGAUAUAUUGUUUUUACCCCUGGUAAAAAAUUUACCCUAUUUCUAGGCAUAAUUUCUGUUCAAAAUGUUUUUAAAUAAUGUACUGUCAUUUCAGAGUAUUUCCAGUAAUUUCGAAUAAAAGUCAUUUUAACACGCGUUGGCAAGAAAUUCUCCAUCGAAAUAGGGUCAAUUAUCUAACAGGGACAUUUUAAAACAAUCGUAAUGUUCGCAAAAAAAUGUAUACAUGUGACAAUUAUAAUAACAGACAAAUGCUUACCCGGACAAGCGGUUUGAAGUACGUCGUACGAUAAACGAAAUGAAGUACGUCAAUACUUUAUAACUCCAUUUUUGCAACACAUGCGGGAUUUUCGUGUUUUUAAGAGGGUUUUAAGGGGAUGUCGGCCCAAAAGCUUCGCAAAUUCGCCACGAGGUAUUUUGUAUUUCCAAACUUCUAGAAAAAAAGAAAGUCUGAUCGAAUUUUUCUUUCGGUAGAACGCUUUAUUAAACUUAAACACUACGGCGCUACAGACUCUGUUUUUCAUUUGCUAGCUUUAUUUAAAAAAGUUUUAUGUAAAGGAUAAAACAGUGUUUUUUGGGACGACAUCCCCUUAAGUAUUACUUUUUUAAUCAGCGAAUAAAAUAGUUGGCAGCAGUCAAAUGAAGUAAUACAUUAUUUUUUUACUUUGUAGCCUUAAAAAGUGUGAAAACGCAAAAAUCGAUACACGUGCGUCAAAAAAGAUAUGGUGUACAGCACGGGCGUAGAUUGGGCUUUUUUACCUCUUGUAUUUUGUAGUACUCGUUUUGGAAUCAGAGAUGCAUUCACUUUCAACUCGUACAAGAAAACUCCACACUCGGUCUAAAAGAGCGCACUUUACACCCUCGAGAAUGCUCAGCGACGUUGAAGCGGAUAGCGAAAAAAAAGAAUUCCGGGAAAAAGGAGCGGCCAAAAUUCUUGCCGUUCAAAACGGUGGCUGAACUGUUGGCAUUUGAAGAAAUUUCCCAGGAGGAUUAUAACGACGUUGUUGACUAUUUGGAGUAUUUAGGAGACUACGAUGCUUCUGAUGCCGCUGCCAUCUACCUGAAGCAGUGCUUCCAGCCGACGGCAAACCUUGUGGAGAAGAAGCCAUGUCACAAAAUAAAAGGAUUGGGGAGCCCACCAAGACGGACUUAGCCACGGCGAUGACGAAAGCACUUAACUGCGUAAAAGAGGAGUAUCGCCGCUGGAAGACCAAGCGUGCUGCUGUCAUCCUGGAAAAUGGGCCACCCCUACAAAGAAGGAGGGUCGAGGAGGCCAAUAAUAAUGGAAUCGACGACGGCGACGAACUCGGUGACGACGAGCCUGGCGAUAGCGAGGUUGGAGAUGGCGAUCUCGGCAACGGUGAGCUUGGCGACGGCGAAGUCGAAGACGGCGAGGUUAAAGACGUCGAGCUUGGCAAUGACAGGAGCAUCAUUGGCGGCUACGGGAAGCUUAGCGACGGGGACAUCGGCAGCGACAGCGAGUACGGCGACGACGACGACGAGAGCGACCGCACUGCCCUUGUCAGCUACGAGGAAAGCAGCAACGAUCAUGAUAACGCUGCAAUUUUCGAGUAUUUAUUUAUAAAUAAAAGAUAAAUGUGUUCAUCGCCAAAAAGAAAAGUAUUUUAAAUAUAUUGUAUUUUUCCAAAUAAAAUAAAAAUGUUUCCAA